AUGAAUGGGCGCAAGAUCUAUGUGCUCGACUUGGGCAUCUUUGCAGAGCAGCAGGGAAUGCCGGCGUGCAAUCCAGACACAACGUUUCGAGUAGACCCCAUCACAAAUGUGCCCUUCUUGCACGAUGACCCUCAGGUGAAGAAUGCAUACCUCCCACAGUAUCUUGGGCAGUAUUCUGGGCCCUGGCAUCUGGCGCAGGCGAUCAGGGGCAGCCCCUAUGUGACCACAGACCUGGACGCGGCAGACAUCGUGUAUGUGUACGACUACUGCUACUACACCUGGUGGCUCAGCUUUGUGCACAGCAACGGCCGCGUGCAGCGCGAGGACGCCACCCCAGGAGACCACCUCCUCAAAGGCUACCAGGCGCUGAUUCAGACGCCUCGGUGGAAGCGGCGGGAGGGCGCGGACUUUGUGUUCUACGACCCGCACCCGGGCUUCGGCACGGGCCGCGCGGAGAUGCCGGUGCUGGAUAUGGUGUGCAACACCUUCCGCAACGCAAUGCACAUCGUGGCCGAGCGCACCCAGCGCAACGGGUUCCAGAUGAAGGUGACGCCUCUGAACGAGCGCCACAUACUGCUGUGGUUCCGCACCAAGUGUCUGCCCUACAUCAUGGAGGGUCAGGGGCGCUACGUCAACGGCCACCGCUUCUGCCACCACGUGGCAAUCGCUCUGGGCAAGGCCGGCAUCGACGUUGACGUCUCCUGCACCGACCGCCAGCUUGGCGGCCGCCCGCUGCCCUUCCGCAGCAUAAUGGAGCGCAUGCGCAACGCGACGUUCUGCCUGACGAUGCCGGGGGACAGCGCGUCUACGCGGCGGCUGAGCGAGACCAUAAUGGCCGGAUGCAUUCCCGUCUUUGUGGGGCCCCCCUACGCCAGCAUGCCGAUGGCGGAGCACGUGCGCUACCGGGAUUUCAGCGUCUUCUUCAACGUGUCGGACUACAGCGGCUGGUUGCAGGACAAGAUGGAAUGGGGCAUCCACCCCAGUAUUCGGCCGUACCACGUCCUGAACCCCUGGACCUGGAUCCCCGAGCUGGAGGUGACUGACGUGGCGAUCAAGGUGGACAAUGUGUCGUCCAUAGCGGGGCACCUGCGCUACAUGGACAAAAAAGAGAUCCUGCACAAGAUGGAAGUUCUGGCAGUGGAGCGGCAGAAGUUCUCCUUCCAGCCCUUUGUCACAGGGCCCUUCUCCGCCAUCAACAUCAUCAUGUCCAGCAUGUGCAACAUCUCCAGGAUUCAAACUUGAACCAUGAUUUCAAGUUCAAAAGCAUGUUUGACAUUUCAGGGAGAUCUCCCUUGGGAUUGGGCUCACGCCUUUAGUGAGCCCGAUAUCCCAAUGAAAUGGGCGGGUUUUUAGUCCGCCCACAAAUUUAAGCGACGAUGACUGCCAAAGUUACUAGGCAGGCCAGAAAUCCCUGGGAUUUGCCCAGAGAAAGUGGAAUGUGCUGUCUGGGCAGCUACUGUCAAUCACCCUACCGCCCAAAUCCUGAUCCUGCAAGUGGGAGCAACUGUUUCAGUCCACUGAGGGGGCUCUGUUUUCAGUGUUAAUGAGGCCUAGGAGAGGGGGACCGGAUAUGGGAAAGUGGCUUCUGUUGCCGCACUGCUGUAUGUGUGGAUAGGAGCGGGUUUGAAAGCUGUGGGUGUGGCUUUGAGGUAGGCUGUGGAUUCAGUGCAUAGAAGUGUGAGUGGUCACAGGUCAUGUCAGCUACUGCCAGUGCUUCCUGGCAUUGUUAGGCAAUGUGCAGCGCUUUUGUCUAAAGAUGUCCUUCGGCAUAUAGAGCCUGCUUGAUUUGCUGCAAAUAUGGGGCAUGUGCUAAUCUUCUAUCAUAGGCACUCUUCAGCUGAGGAAGAAGCGGCACAUGUUCUGCUCACCUCAGGUAAGGGUGUCAAUGGAAGAAGGAACUCGUUGCUUGAGAAGCAACUCGAAGUCUGAUCAGAGUAUGAUGACAAUGGGUUCUACCAAAAUGUCCCUCAGUGAGAUAAUGUAGAUAUAUGGAUAGU